AUGGUCCGACAGCGUCGCAAACCAGCCUCAGACACGAUCGCGUCUGAGAAGCCACACUCUGCGCGCAGCAAGCCCAGAAUGACCACGGAACGAGCCGGUGGCACCGAGCCGGCUCAAUGGAGCACGCGGACGCAAUGGAUCUUCUUCGCCAUGGCCAGCGGCGUCUGCGCCGCCUUCAACGGCGCCUUUGCGAAAUUAACAACAACUGAGCUGACGACACGCCUCUCCAAUGCGAUAUCGAAUCUCGUGGGCCUGUCAGAGUACGAGAAUGUUGUUGAAUAUGUGGUUCGCGCCAUGUUCUUUAUCCUGAACCUGGUAUUCAACGGCGUUAUGUGGUCAUUAUUUACGACCGCCUUGGCCAGAGGUACAUCGGCGACUCAAGUCUCCAUCAUGAAUACCUCGACAAAUUUCAUUGUCACCGCUUUGUUGGGCAUUGCCGUCUUCUCUGAACGGCUACCCCCUCUCUGGUGGGCUGGGGCCUCUCUGCUCGUCGUUGGCAACGUCAUUACUGGACGCACAAACGACGGUGAUGAUUCCGUCUCCGCAGAUGCUACCAGGGAGAGAGAACCCCUUAUUGUCCAUGACGAACACGACGCCACCGAGGAGGCAACGGAGCUCGCAUACAGGGAUCAAGAUGCCGAGGACGUCCUGGACCUGCCAGUGCAAUAA